GCACCCAGCGUCACUGCUCCUAGCGUGCCUAACGCCACCAUCCCAGACAUGCACAUUGAUCCUCUACCCACGACAUCCUGCAUCAUCACCCCUGGCGCGCUCAUUCCUUUACGAUUGGCGUGUACCACCAUUACAUGCUCGCCAACCCAGGAUGCCUUGCGUUUGAUGCCUAAGGCUACUGCCUCGUCGACGCUGACUGUUUCAAUGUUGACCUGCCCCGACAUUGCCUACCUCCUCAUCGAUAUUGGUGACUCCUCGUAUCUCCCCUCUUUCAACUACGUCACCCGUCAACUGUCUUUGGUCACCAACUUGGGGAUAAACUCGCUAGCCUCACUCCACUUGUCACCACUCUUUGACAUCUCACCAGUGAUUUUCUCUCAAGAUUGA